GUCAACGUUUGGUUGCAGAAAUUUUGAGUUGACAGUGUAGAUGAAUUGAAAAAUUAUUUUUUUACUAAAUUAUGUAAAAGCCCUUUACAAGACUAAUACAGUUUGCAAAUAAAUAAUUAAAUGUAGGCUAUUCAGGAGGGUAAUGUAUUCUGCAAGUCUAAUCACAAGACACGCACGAUUUUUUUUCCGCGAUAUGAGCGAUGCGUGAUUUUCAUAAUCGGUUUUGCUAACAAAUGAUGCGCGCGCCUGCAAAAGAGGCAAAGAAAGGGGGAGUUGGGGUCAAAAGCCUAAUAUCACGUGUAUUGCUGCACAGUAAAAACCAUGUUGCUUAACAACUGUGUCAGACAAGAGGGAAAAGUUGUCGUUGUCGUUGUCUUUCGUAGAGAAACAUUCCCCGCCUCCUCCUGAAUGAAAAUACGUGAGCCCUAUUUUCCACGCCUUCACAAACAAGAAAAAUACCAAGAAAUACGAGAUUUUUACCGGAUGGGUGUUUGGUUUCUGCUCGUAACCCAAGAGAAAACGGCCGUGAUGAGCUUUACGUCUGAUAAAAUGCUAGCUGAACACAGUAUUGUCAGAGGUGAUCUGCCCAGGUGAGGUGGCGUGGUGCUAACGGAUAUGGAGGUGGGAAGUUUGCCUGUCGAGCUCUGGCGCCUCAUCCUGGCAUACCUGCCUCUGCCAGAUCUGGGUCGAUGCUGUCUGGUGUGCAGAGCCUGGCGGGAGCUCAUUCUGAGUUUGGACAGCACACGUUGGCGCCAGCUCUGUCUAGGAUGCCCUGAAUGUCGCCACCCAAAUUGGCCCCGUCGCCCCCACCUGCCCCCUGUUUCCUGGAGAGAGGCUCUCCGUCAGCAUGCUCUUGCCAGCCGUACCUGGACCCAGAACGGCUCGGACCUCCACUCGUCUGCCUGCCUCCAUCUUUUCCGCCGGAGAAAAGACCGCAGAGUUUGGCAUGUCGGGACCGUAGCAGGAGGCGGCUAUGAGACUCUUAGGGGAGCUCUGGCUGCGGCAGGGCCGUACGAUAAGGUGGUGCUCCAUGCGGGUGUGUAUGAGGAACAGGUGGAGGUGUCCCUCAAGGUGCCUGUGGAGAUUGUUGGAAUGGGCAAGUUGGGGGAUGUGUCGUUGCUGGUUAGCUUUGAUCAACAAUGCCCAACAGCAAGGCUGUGCAAUCUGGUGUUCAUGCCAGCGUGGUUUUCACCUGUGGUUUAUAAGACGUCUUCUGGUCAUGUCCAGUUGGACAACUGUAACUUUGAGGGCUGUCAGCUGCACAUUCGGGGUCCAGGGACAUGUCAGGCUCGUUUCUGCUCGUUUGCCCAGGGCAGCUCAGCCCAUUUUCUGGGGGUAGCCAUAAGUUUAAUGGACAGUUGUGAGUUCUCAGGGGGAGAUUCUGCCUCUGUCACUGUGGAAGGUGCUCCGGUCUCUGAACGCAACUGGGCCUUCAAACACCUGGUCGCCUUGGCCAAGACCUUCACUAUGAUGACUAGUAAUAAUGGGUCAACUGAAAUAUCUAAUCAGGGCGGAAAAGACAGUGUGGUUGCUGGUAGUCAUGUAAACACACCCUUGGAAGGAGUUAACACAAUGGAGGACUGGAAUAAACAGGAAGUAGAUUGGGAAGCAAACUGGGCAAAACAGAAAGGUGGAGAUAGUCUUCUUCCAAGUCAGGAUGGUACAAUGAUUGAGGAGGAUGGCAUGGAAACAUCAAGUGAGUCAAGUGAGGAAGAUGAUCAGCAAGCCGGCGAGAAAAGCACAGGCUUAAAACUUUCAUAUGAUCAGCACGGACUAGCGCAUCUCUCCAAAGCAGAUGCGCCUGAUUCUUCUGCAUUUCCUGCACUGUUGAGUCUGUCUGCAGAACUGCAGAGGGAUACAGAGGCGCGGGACUUGGCUGCAUUGGUUCAAGGCUGCCUGCUGCGGCGCUGCCUGCUGCGCGAUGGAAAAGGUGGUGUGCACCUGUGCAAUCACGGUCAAGCUCGACUGGAGGCCAAUGUGUUCAGAGGGCUCAACUAUGCAGUGCGCUGCAUCCAGAAUGCCAAAAUGGUGAUGUUGCGUAAUGAAGUGUGUGGGUGCAAGGCGUCUGGUGUGUUCCUGCGACUUUCUGCUCAAGGUCUCAUUGCUGAGAACAACAUUCAUUCCAAUGGGGAAGCGGGACUAGACAUUCGCAAAGGGGCUAAUCCUAUCAUACUGUGUAAUAGAAUCCACAGAGGCUUGCGUUCCGGGAUUGUUGUCCUGGGCAACGGGAGAGGUUCUAUCCGCAGCAACCAGAUCUACGGCAACAAGGAAGCUGGCGUGUAUAUUCUUUUUAAUGGCAAUCCUGUUGUCAGUGGAAAUCACAUUUUCCAGGGCCUUGCAGCAGGAAUUGCUGUCAAUGAGAAUGGAAGAGGACUGAUAACCGAGAAUGUUAUAAGGCAGAACCAGUGGGGUGGUGCUGAUAUUCGUCGAGGAGGUGAUCCAGUCCUCCGCAAUAACUUCAUCUGUUACGGCUACUCGGACGGAGUGGUGGUGGGAGAGAGAGGGAGGGGCCUCAUUGAGGGCAACCACAUAUACGGGAACAGAGGCUGUGGGGUAUGGGUAAUGUCAUCUAGUCUACCUCAGCUCAUUGGAAACUAUAUUACCCAUAACCGCAUGUAUGGGCUGGCCGUGUUCUGCCGGAAGGACACCGAGUCUGCUGUGAGCCGAGAGGGCUAUCGCUCUUUACAGGAAAGAGAGAGAGGAGUCGGGCUUGGAGAGAGGGACAGAGGAGGUCCUGAGAACUUCAAUGAGGAGGGAGAACUGAUGGCAUGGGAAAGUGAUAUCGAUAGCGAAGAUGAGCGCUUUUCCUCUCGACGGCCAAUCACAGUUGCCCUAGUGGAAAACAACUGCAUUAGCCACAACGGAGCUGUUGGAGUGUAUGUGAAGAGCAGUGAGCCUCUGAACGUGGUGGCCAACAUGGUGAACAGUAACAGAGGAGACGGCGUGUCUGUCAUUCAGAGCGCUCAACUGACACGUUUAGUUGGAAACUGUGUCCUCUGUAAUGGCUGGAGAGGAGUGGCUGUGGACAGAGAGUGUCGAGUAGAGCUGCGUGGCAAUGGGGUUUAUGGCAAUAACUGUCACGGUGUCUGCUUCCGAGGCGAUGGGCUGAUUGUGGAAAAUGAUGUGGUCGGAAAUAAUGCUGUUGGAAUACGAGUGAUGGACAAUGCAGAUGUUAAAGUAUUGAGGAAUCGUGUUCAGGCAUUGCGGGGUUACGGGAUUUCUGUAAAGGAGCGGGUCCGAGGUGUGGUUCAGGAGAACCUGGUUUAUCAGAGCCACUCUACGAGUACUAAAACCCCCAUACGGACAAACAAACAGAACCUGGAGUGUGUUGUACUUAACAACUCUCUGCUCACACCCAGAUCACAAGCGCUUUGGGCCUUGGAUAAUCCACCUCCUCGUCCCCACAAUAGUAACCCUUCUAGUGUCACCCCCUCCACACUUCCUGCUCACCUUGCAAUCACCAUGACAAACAGAAUCACUGCCUCUGUAGAAAGUGGUUGCCAUAACAACGGCAGCAUCUUUUGCUCAAUUUUAUGAGGUACAUAUUUCCUGGCUUAUAGCUCCACAACAUCAGAUGGAUAUUCCUACAAUGUUCCCUCAAUGUGAACCCUGGGUGAAGGAGGGCACAGAGGAGGUGAAGACACUGCUUCAAUGUUGGAUGGAUGAUGAACAAUCAGAUUAAGCCUCAAGCUCAUGACGUUAAAAUGAUCAAAAAGCACUUUUUUAAUAUGAUUAACCAAAGGUAGGUUGUUUAGUAGUCCGAUAAUCAAACUUUAAAGGAUUAAGACCACCUUUUUGAUAUACUUGGAUCUGAAAUGAAUCAGUCCACCCACUCUAAAUUGAUCAGUGUUUACGAGCAAAUUAUUGGAGUUUGGAUUUCAUCAUGUACCUGAAGUCUGGCUGGCAACCAAUCCAGCUGAAAGCACAUUCAGUACAGAACAGUUUUCUGCUGGAAGCAAAUUACUUCAAAUCAAGCUUCUAUUUAACAAAAUAUAUUUAACAUGAAUCAGUAAGUGGUCCUACAGCCUGUUAUUAUCAUUUUAGACAUUCACACACAGUCAGGAGGGAGAAAGAGACACAAGGGAAGUUGAAGUGAGAGACAUGUCACGUGGCUUACUCUCUCUCUCUCUUCCCAAAAGACCAGAACCAGUGCUGAAAAUAGAAGAUAAACAAAUUCAGUGCACCUCGGGAAUUGUAGUCCUGCUGGCUGCUGCUGAGAUUCUGUAAUGGACAAGAACAAAACAGCACGCACUGGGUACCAAGAUGCAGCCAAUCAUGAGUCGCAUUACAUCAAGCGGCAAUAUUCAGCUUUCCUAUAAAAACACUCCUGUUUUAUGUACAUCUGCACACUAUUGAAGGGUGAAACUGAAAACUGCCUAAUGGAUAGAUUUUGCAAGAAAACUUUUGAAAAGACAAUUCAAAGAUCCUAAAGGGAUAGUCUAACCUAAAUAUGAAAAUGUUGUCAUCAUUUACUCUAUCCUCAUAAACCCAUGUCAUUUCAACCCAGUAUGACUUUUUUUUUUUUUUUUUAAUAUGAAGAUACUUAGAAGAAUACUGAUAAAUAAAUAGUUUCGGUUCCCAUUGACUUCCAUUGUAUGGCGAAAAAAAUACAUACAGGUGUAGAACAUGAGUGGGUAAAUGAUAACAAUUUUACAUUUUUUGUGAACUGUCCCUUUAAAUGUGAUUUCACAGGCACGGAUUCAAUAGGCCUAUUGAUGAAUCAUUUAUUUUUAACUGUAUAGCAGUAAAGAGUUUCACUGGCAUCAUGUAAUGGAAACAUUCAGAUAUGCAAUGGUAGCUGUUUUACUAUUUUGGAGACUGGAAGCAAGAGUUAUAUCUAGAUUAUCAUAAAUUCACAGCUAAACUCAAGCUUUUGAGCCCUGUUAUAAUGUCAAAAAAAAAAAAAAACUUAAGAUAAGAGACUAAAGAUAAAUUGUAACUUCAAUCAGUCUUCAGGUAGUUAUAGUCACAGGGCUUAAAAGUGGUUGGAUUUCUUACGAGACCGUGGCUAUGUUCUGAAUGGAAUACUAGCUUACUGUUUACUAAACUUUGCAAGUAUACACUUUAAAUUGCCUGUUAUUUUUUAAAGAUGAUAAAACUAGGUAUAAUUCUGUAUCCAUAAACACUCGUUGACCUCAAUCGUAUGUGAGUGGCGACAAGUUGACUUGAAUUUAAGGUUAUUUUGCAGUUUAAAAAUUAUUUUUUGUGUAAAAAUGUCUACAUUUGGCAGUCUAAUCAAAUAAGACUAAUAAGAUGCUGUAAUUUCUGUUCAUUUAUUAUACUGGAACUUUACAAGUUAUUGCUUGUAAAUGUUGGAUGAUUUGGUAUCGUGAACAUUUGCACAGUACGCAUACUGCAAGAAUAGUAUGGAAGUAUGCCAUUACGAACAUAGCCCAUCGCUAAAAUAAUGGGUCUUAUAAUGUGCUUUCCUCCCAGAACACCUUAUUUAUCAAAAGGUAGCCAUCUUCUGUUAGAUUUACAGCAGGCUGUUAUUAUUUUUGUAAUGUUCUCAUAUCAACUGCUGGUUUUAUUUGUAAAGUUAGGGUGACCACAUGUGCCAUUUUUCCCUGACUCUUUCAGGCCAGGAUUUAUAUAUUGCCUAAAAUAUCUAGGUUUUGGCUUUGUUUGCGUGUGCAGACCAUAUGACGUCAAAGUACCAUGCAGACGGUUCUUUAUGCUUUCAAAAUUAUCUCGAGGUACUUUGAUGUCAAACACUGAUAGGUCUGAGCUGUGCUGCUUUUAUAUUGAACACGCCUAAUAUGUAUACGCGUAUUUGCAUCGCUUUGACUGUAGAUCCCAUCUUCUCGCACACACUGCGAUUGGUCCAUUGUGUACAAUGCCAGCAUGUUAUUGGUCAAACUAUUUUUCGAUCAUUACCUUCAAGCAUGAAAACAAAGCCAAAACAAAUCCUGGCAAGGACAUGUCCGGGAAAAAUGGCACGUAUGGGCACCCUAGUAAAGUGCAAUAUGUAUCUACUAAAAUGUGCCUAUUUUUACAGUAUGGUUUUUAUACUUAUUGUGUAGUAUAAAUAUAAUGGCUAUCAUAGCAAAUUGGCUGAUUUCUGCUAUUUUUGUCUGUAGUUGUCUACUGCAUAGACAUGGAUUUGAUUCUUAAA